AUGGCUGCUGGGAAGUUACUGCUCUACGCCGGCCUGUCCCUCUCUCUGUGCGCCCUAGGAAUGCUAGCAGUGGCAAUCUGUUCCGACCACUGGUACGAGACUGACGCGCGGAGGUAUCGGGAGCGCUGUCGGAGCUUCUCCAGCCGCAAGAACCCAGGCUUUAUCUACAUCCCCAACAACAGCCUCCCUCUGCGGGCUAGCCGCUCCAGACUGGACCGCUGGGAGGACAAGCUGCUCCUAGCCCGGAACAGAAGGCAGCUGUUCGCUAUGUCCGCCGCGGACGAAUGUAGCAGGCAGUACAACUCUACCAACAUGGGACUGUGGAGCAAAUGCCACCGACUGGACUUCGACCAGGACGUAGAAGACCUCAUUCGCAAAGGCUGCUAG